GGCUAAUAUAGCUAACGAAAUGGAGAAUGAAGAUGGUUAUAUGACAUUGGUACGCAGGACUCGUUUCAAAUCUGAGCAGAGAUCUAAAGAUUUGUCCUGGUGUCUGCGGUGUUACAGUCUUGUGCUCUUAUGUGGAUGUCUUGGGAUCCUUUUCUUCAUGGUGGCAGUCAUUGGCCUACAUUUUCGAAGUUUAUCAAAUUUUUCCUUUGCACUCACUAAGGAUAAAAAUAUGGAUUUACACAAGACUGUGAAUAUCAGUAGUCUAGGAGAAAAAGAGUCAACAUGCCCAAAUGAGUGGUUAUUGAGCCAAGGUAAAUGUUACAGGUUUUCAACUUCUCCGAAAACCUGGAACAAGAGUCAACACGAUUGUUUAAAUCUACAAUCACAUUUGCUGGUGAUUCAAACUCCAAAGGAGCUGGAAUUUGUACAGAAGAAUUUGAAACCUGGACAUCCUGGUUGGAUCGGACUACAUGUUAGUGAGGUCCAAGGAAACCAAUGGAUGUGGAUAGAUGAGCAACCUUUUGUGGAACAAAAUAGCUUUGCAAUAGUUGGACCAAGGGAAAACAUGAACUGUGCUGUCAUAACAGGAAGCAGUAUAUAUUCUGAAGACUGUAACUCCAACUUUUUUGGCAUUUGCCAGAGAAAAGCCAUUUAA